GGUAAGUCGCUACUUUGCAUCUGUAUCUAAGGCAAGCCUCUUUCUAAACUCCUUAAAAACUUGAAAUAUCGGCGCGAAUUUUAUGAUAUCGAGACCGACCAACACGAUGGCAGCAGCCCGCAUCAUGAAACAACGCAAAAAGCGGAUCGGACAAUGGAGUGAAUUGGAUUUAAUUAACGAAAUUCAGAAGAACACGAUCUUGUAUGACAAAACCCUCAAGGAUUAUCGCAAACCGGGACCUACUGAAGCUGCCUGGGAGAGCAUUUCAAAGACCUUAGGAGCCAAUAUUGAAGACCUGAAAAAACGAUGGAAGAGUUUGCGUGACACUUUUAUAAAAUAUUAUCGCAUGGAAAUCGAGCAAAACUCCCCAAUGAAUACACGACAAAAAGUUUGGAAGUACUAUAAUAACUUGGAUUACCUCCGAAGUCACGUCGAAUUGUAUCGCAUCGAUGACGAACGUGUAACGGGCGGCGGCGUAGUUGCCACAAAAAUUUCCAACUGCAAUGAUGAGCAAUCCCAAGGAGAAUCGGAGUACGAAACUUCUAGCAGACAGGAAUAUAGUACCCCAACAAAUACUAAAAGCAAGACAAACACAAUUAAAGUCCUUGUUGAAGCUGAAGGAAAUGAUCCAUACAAAACCGCCGAAUAUACGUUGUACGAAACAAAUCAAGAUGUUGAGCUGGAUGACCUUGAAAACACCAACAAUGACCAAAUUUACUUGGAACAUAUCGAUACGGAUGAAUAUCAAAUUGAUAAUGAGCCCAUGGAAACGUCAAACAUGAAAAAGGAACAGCAACAACAGAAAAAGGUCGAAAUAAUUAGUCAACCGGCUUCGAAUGAUCCUGAUGAAAAGUUCCUCAUGAGUUGCUUGCCGGUACUGAAACGCGUAAAUGCACAAAAGAAUGCAUUGCUGAAGCUAAAGAUACAAAUGCUUUUGUACGAAGUUGAGUUUGGAAGUGCCGAUGAUAGUCCCGACACGAAAAAACGAAAGUUUUAAAACUUAAUUCUUUAUUUCGUUUAAAUAUGUAUGACAUUAUUUUAAGCAUAGUUUGUAAAUGAGUAAAAAAUAAAAUUAAAUUGCUUACGAGUAUUUGUAAAA